UUGUGUGGUUUUUGGGUGAAAAUUGGCGCCUCAAAUUGGUUGUUUUAUGAUAAAAUUACAUUUAAUGUACCUAACAUUCCAUUAUGGGUGCGUAUUUGUCUGAACCAGUUACUGAAAAAGUGUCUAGUGAUGAAGCAAAUGAGAAAUUAGAAUGCGGCGCAAGCUCCAUGCAGGGAUGGCGUGUCAAUCAAGAGGAUGCUCACAACACAAUCUUGGAUUUCGACGUGAACACUUCUCUAUUUGCGGUGUACGACGGUCACGGCGGUGCCGAAGUAGCCACGUACUGUUCACAGAAUCUUCCCAAAUUCAUCAAAAACACAGAUACAUACAAGAGGGGUGAACUGAUUCAGGCUUUAGAAGAUGCAUUCUUGAACUUUGAUGCUACCAUUGCCACAAAGGAAGUUAUGGACGUAUUGAAAGAAUUAGCAGGAGAAAUAAACCCCCCAGGGCCGAGCGACAAUGACGAGUCUGAAGAUGAAAAUGUAAGCAAUCUAUAUCAAGAGGCUCGGCUACCAUUACAGGAGGUAUUGGCCAAAUAUGAGAACAAGUUGAGCACACUGCACCGCGCACGGCUUGGGGACACCACGACACCGAUGUCGCCUUGUCUGCGCGCCAAGAAGAGUGCUGAUGAACCUGGCAGCUCUGGAGCAUCGAGUUCUAGCUCUGGAUUUGGCUUUGCAGCUGGCUCUAGCUCUGAACCAUCUAGUGGAGCAGCAUCUUCCAGCAAGAAUGGACCUACCGAGGGAUCAGGUAGCAAAAAUGAUGAAGAUACUGGGGGAGUCUCAUCCACAAACUCUUAUGAGGAGGAUAAAGAUGUAAAUGGAGAGGUGUCCACUAGUGAUCCUUUAGAGCAAAAAGAUACACCUGCAGCAGACAAGCCAAAUUCUACAGCACCAGACAGUUCUGGUGACAAUUGCCAUCAACCAGAACAAAGCGCAGAUGCAAAGGUGCCCGACAAUGCAGGUGGCGAUGCCUGCAAUGGAGAGGUCACGGAUUCAAAGCAAGUUGACGGUGAAGAGAGCAACAUUACUUCUUCUAAUGGUUCAGCUACACUCAAAGGAGGAAAGGCUAAAGACAAAACAUCACCAGUAUCAAGUUCAGAGAAGGUGCUUCCCGAGAGGCCGAAGAAGUCAAAAUUGCGUCGCGCGGCUGCAGCGGUAUACGAAUCUCUACUCCGCCAAGCAGUUGAAGAAGAUGAUGAUGAGAGUGACUCCAACGACGAGACUUUCGAAGGCGGAGAACUUAAUUCUUCAGAUGAAGAGAACGUUAACGGCGUCGAUGAUUCUUCUAACGAUGAAGAUAAAGGCGAAGACGAUGAUGAAGAAGAGUGCGAAGAGGAGUCAAGUGAGGAGGAUAUAGAAGAGGAUCUCAGCAUGACAGAGGAACCAGGGAACGACAGUGGCUGCACCGCUGUUGUCGCACUGCUCAAAGGUAAUGAACUGUACGUGGCAAAUGCGGGUGACUCGCGUUGCAUCAUUUGCAGAGAAGGCAAAGCAAUUGACAUGUCGAUUGACCACAAGCCAGAAGACCCCCCAGAGCUCGAACGCAUCACAAAGGCCGGAGGAGAAGUAUCCAACGACGGUCGCAUUAACGGAGGACUUAAUCUCUCGAGAGCCAUCGGUGACCAUUCUUACAAGCAGAAUAAGGAUCUCGGCGCCAAAGAGCAAAUGAUCACUGCUCUUCCCGAUGUGAAAACCCUUACAAUAGACCCAGAAAAGGAUCAGUUCAUGGUGCUAGCUUGCGAUGGAAUAUGGAAUUUCAUGUCUAGUCAAGACGUUUGUGACUUCAUCCUGCCAAGGUUAGCAGAGGGCAGGGAAAGGUUAUCUCAGAUCUGUGAGGAGAUGUUCGAUCACUGCUUGGCGCCGAGCACAAUGGGCGAUGGCACAGGCUGUGACAAUAUGACAGCUAUUAUCGUGCGAUUCAAGAAUGGACUUAUAGCCGAAGUCGGGCAGGUCUCGAGCAACGGCGAAGGUUCCAAGAAGCGCGCAGCUGAAGAGGAACCAAGCACAGAGGAGCAACAGGACUCCAAAAGGCAGAAGGUAGAUGAUCCUCUCUCAAGUUCUGUGGUGACUUCUAGUGUUUAAACCAUGAAACUUCAAGAACAGUGUUCAAGCUACGCAUAAGAUUGUGAAGUUUUUGAUGGAGACUAUAAUUGAUUAGGAUAUUAUUUUCAAUGGAUGUACGAAAUGGUUACAUUUAAUUUCAGGACUAGUUUUCUGUAAUAUUUGAAUAUUUUUGCAUAAACUCUGUUCAUAUUCAGUGUAUUCGUAUUCACGUGUUCACUUGAUAAGAGAACGAUUAAUGAUUGAGAGCGUAGUUUUGAGAAGCCAUUGCCUUUAGGGUCGAAAUGACCCAAUUAGCAGCUAAGUGUCAAUAUGGUGAAAAUUGUUAAUCAAUUAAUAGAAAAGUAGAUGUGUGGACAACACGACAUAGAAAUUAAUAAAAUUCACUAGCUUGUGAGAACCUAGAGUUGUCUGGGUUUUAGAUAUAUGAUUAGUGAGGUAAUCCUUAAUGCAUUUUCAAAUAAAAUGAGCAAGUUAUGAUUAAUUGGUCGAAAGUUGCUUUCAGGUGUUCGAGAUAUGUUCUAACAAGAUGUUAAAUGGU